AUCGAUAUAACAUCGAUAUGCCUUCCUGCCUAAAUAAAAUUGUUCCAUUGUUAGCAGUAAAUACGUAAAAUUUAUAAAAUGGAUUAUUUGCGUCCUGUUUGGAAUUGCUUAAGUGCGUUUUGUGGGUGUAUUCACUGCUCUGAAGAUAUUGGCAAUCAGUAUAACUAUGAACCCAGCGAGAGAACUUACCUAUUGGCUGAUCCUGCAAUCCACAACAGUCCGGCCUUAAGACAAACGAAUUCAGAAAAUCUUAGCAGUGACUUUCCUCAAUCGUUACCUAAAAAGGAUGAAAACGCGUUGUGUCGCUUGGUGCAAAGCACUGCUAUGAAUAUGAUUGAUGUAGGCGCUAUGGAUUUGCAUAAUCUUGAAAACGAGGAGUACAAUGAUAGAAUAAAACUAUAUUCUCAACGCCUGCAGCAACAGUGGAACAAUAUCCAACAUCCAGGAAAGGGAGCAUCAGGAUUCCUGCGAGAUAUUCCAAAUGCAAUCGAUCAAUUGUGUAUGAUGAAUUCGCCAGACGAUUUUGCGCAGAUGACAAACUUUUUAAGUAAAAGCCAUGCAGCAUUAUUGGAUUUGCGAAUUGAUCAUAAGGAAGCAAUUGUUGUACCAUUUAGAAUACCAUAAAAUUAAUAAUUUCUGUUGAAAGUUAAUUACUUGUAAAUUUGUAUUAAAAAAUAAUAAAAACUUAUUAUCAAUUCG